UUUGUGCAAAGAUCGGAGCUGUCAGAGAUUUGAAAAAAAAAAAAAAAAAAAAAAAAGGAAAAGGAAAAAAAAAAGCCCAGGCGCGGUGGCGGAGACACUCUCUCCCUGCAAAAAAAGCAAAGGCGAUUAAAGGCGCUGCCAACCUCGAGCUGUGGGCAAAGCUGAGCAUGACACUUGGGGAAGUCAAACCCCUCACUAUUGCUUAGGAGGAUGGCUAGAUUUUAAGGAUUGGAUUUUUUUUUUCCCUUUAAGAAAAAAUAUUUUAUUUGGGGGAGCUUUUCCUGGUGUGGCUUUCCUUCCUUAAAAAACAAAACAAAACAAAACAAAACAAAAAAAAAAAACAACAACAACAACAACAAAAAAAAAAACCAACCAAAAUCAAAAACUGAAUCUGGUUGCAAAAAGAAAUAGCCAAGUGUCUUCAUUUCUGGAUAUCUGCAAAUUAGAGAGGAAAACAUCUGCUCGGUAAAAGAGAGAUUCGAGACAAGCGUCUGGUCUUUUCCCCUCUCUUCUUUUUCUUCUCCUUUUUCUUCUCUUCCUCUUUUUUUCUCCUUCUUCUUCCUCUCUUUCUUUCCUCCCCGCACCCCCACCGGCCACUGGCAAAGUGGGGUGGAGAGAGAAGCGGGGGGGAGGGGGAAGGAAGCCGCGUCCGGGGCGGCGGGGCGGCUGAGUAUGGAAGAGCAGCAGCCGGAGCAUAACAGUCAGCGCGACUCCACCGUGGGCACUGCGAGCCACAACAGCAGCAGCGGCAGCAGCAGCAGCAGCAGCGGCAGCAGCAGUAGCAGCAGCAGCAGCAACAGCAACUGCAGCAGCAGCAGCGGGAGCAGCAGCAGCGGCAGCGAUGGAGACAGCGUGCCAGUGUCCCCGCAGCAAGCUCCUUCCUCUCCUGCAGCACCCUGCCUCCAGCCCCUACCCCACCACCACCAUCAUCACCACCACCAUCACCACCACCAUCAUCACCAGCCCCCGCCGCCGCCACAGCCGAUGCCAGCGCCUCCUCACCAGCCGCCCCCACCACCGCCGCCGCCGCCGCCCCAGCAGCACCGCACCACCAACUUUUUCAUAGACAACAUUUUAAGGCCAGACUUUGGUUGCAAGAAGGAGCAGCAGCAGCAACAGCAGCUCUUGGUUGGAACGGGAGGAGGAGGAAGUGGAGGUAGUGCUGUUUCUGGUAGUGGUGGUAGUGGAGGAGGAGGAGGAGGUGGAGGAGGAGGAGGAGGAGGAGGAGGAAGCCGGGCAGAGAGAGACAGAGGCCAGGCAGCCGCAGGUAGAGACCCGGCCAAUCCUCUGGGCACGCGGCCGGCCAACCCGGCUUCACUUCUCUGCUCAGCAGAUGCGAACUGUGUGACGCCCGACGGCUCUGCGCCGGCUCCCGCCACCGCAGCUUCCAAAGCCAACCCAGCGGCCGCGGCCGCUGCUGCUGCUGCCGCAGCGGCUGCAGUGGCGGCGGCAGCGGCUGCAGCAGCCGCUGCAUCCAAGCCUUCGGAAGGAAGCGGGGGAAGUCCUGGAGCAACCGGCGCUAAAUACGGGGAACAUGGGAACCCGGCUAUUCUACUCAUGGGCUCGGCCAACGGCGGACCGGUGGUUAAAACUGACUCGCAGCAACCGCUAGUCUGGCCCGCUUGGGUCUACUGUACUCGUUACUCAGACCGCCCAUCUUCUGGUCCCCGCACCAGGAAGCUGAAAAAGAAGAAGAACGAGAAGGAGGACAAGAGGCCACGGACGGCGUUCACCGCAGAGCAGCUGCAGAGACUCAAGGCGGAGUUCCAGGCGAACCGCUACAUCACCGAGCAACGCCGGCAGACCCUGGCUCAGGAGCUCAGCCUCAAUGAGUCCCAGAUCAAAAUCUGGUUCCAGAACAAACGGGCUAAGAUCAAGAAGGCCACGGGCAUUAAGAACGGCCUGGCUCUGCACCUCAUGGCCCAAGGACUGUACAACCAUUCCACGACCACCGUACAGGACAAAGAGGAGAGCGAGUAGCCGCUUCCCCCUUCUCCCCCCACCCCCAUCUCUUGCUUCGCACUGGCUCCUGACACCCUCCCAUCCCUAUCCUCUCCUCGUUCCUUUCCUCCGGCUCAAACGAUUUUUUUUUUCCAGGGAAAAAAUAAUAAACAAAAGAAAAGGGGAAAAGACUUCGAACGGCAAGUCAUGUUGAAAGAAAAAAAGAAUUUUUUUAAAAAAGAGAGACUUGGACAGGUGCUAUCGAAAUCAGAUCUAUUCUCUAUUAAUAGUAUAAGGGACGAAAAUGCGAACACUUAAAUCUCUAUAUAGCCAAACAGCUUACGACCUUGUAUAUAUUUAAUUUCAGGUAAGGAAAAAAAAAAUAUGUGUAGCGAUCUCUAUUUGCUGGACAUUUUAUUAAUCUUCUUUAUUAUUAUUAUUGUUAUAAUUAUUAUAAUAAUUAUUAUUAUUUUAUCUCUUCCCCUCUCCCCGUUUCGUUUGCGUUCCGAUUUUCUUUUGAAUGUGGUCGCUUCUCGGUCCUCCCUCUCCCUCUCUCCUCCCACUCCUCCACCUUUCUUCACUAUUUCUCUGCCUAUCUUGGACUUUGCUUUGUGUGUGUGUGUGUGUGUGUGUGUGUGUGUGUGUGUGUGUGUGUGUGUAUGCUCGCGCGCGCGCGUCGCCUGUCUCUCCUUUAGUUUCUCACCUUUCUCGUUCCUUCUUCCUUUUAUUCCUUUCUUCCUUCCCUCUUCCCUCCCCCCCCCUUUUUUUUUCUGAGACCUGUUUCGACCCCACAGACUGCGAGACUGAACCGCCGCUACAAGCCAAAGAUUUUAUUAUGUUCAGAAACCUGUAGUCUGAAAUAAAGUGUACACUGUGUUCACAAGCCAGCGUCGCUUGUUC